AUGUUUGCUGUGAAUCUUUCCAAUUGCAAUCCAAUUCGCACUACCGAUAUCGACGAUAAUAGUAAUAUCAACACGACUGGAAAUAACAUAACAUCAUCAUCGUCAAUACUUUCAAAGCGAAGAAAAAAUUAUAAUGGUCAAGCAACAUUUUAUACUGUAGGUCUAGGCGCUUGUGGACAUCAUAAUAACAAUAAUCAACAUGUAGCUGCUAUAUCACAUGGCUUAUUUGAUUCAAUUCCUUCUCCAAACCCUAAUAAAAAUAAAUUUUGUGGUAAAAAAGCAAGAAUUUUUCGAGGUAAAAAAUCGGUGGUGGUUACGAUAGUUGAUAGAUGUGGUGGAUGUAAUUACGAAGAUAUAGCUUUUAAUAAAAUCGCGAAACCUUCUGAAGGAAGAGUUAAUCGUCUGACACAUGACUGGAAAAAUAAAACUAAGAAGAAAGCUACUGAAACUGAAAAUCAAUGUAAAGCAAGACUGGCUAGAGAAAGAGAACAAAAGCACAAGAGAAGAGUAUUUAAUAAAGGACUUGGCUUAGAAUUUGUUGAUAAGCACUCUAAUAAAGAAAACAAUAUGGAAAAACAACAAAGGUUUAAGUAG